AUGCCAUUAUCAAUCUUAUUGGAAAGACAUAUUAUUAAAUCUAAUGAGAAACUUGGUAAAAGUAAUGUUAAAGUUUUUUGUAAAGUAUGUGUUGAUAUAUUGGGUGAAGAAGCAGACAAAGGCAAUAGUUUUCCUAACAAAAUGGAUAGAAUCAUUCAGCACCUAAAAAAAUGUGUACAUUUUGUGGAGAAAAUGACACCUGAAGAAACAGAUGAAAUAUUUGCUCUGACUAAUAAUAAUAAAGAGAUUUUAAAUGAAAAAAGACUAA